UUCCGGUAACGCUCCGGGUGUUUGUUUACGUUCCUCUCAGACCUACCGGCUGUCUUCUUCAUCUCGGACUCCAAGAUGGGGAAGUCGUUCGCCAAUUUCAUGUGCAAAAAGGACUUUCAUCCUGCGUCCAAAUCCAACAUCAAGAAGGUAUGGAUGGCAGAGCAGAAAAUAUCAUAUGAUAAAAAGAAACAAGAAGAAUUAAUGCAGCAGUACCUUAAAGAACAAGAGUCCUAUGAUAACAGAUUGCUUAUGGGAGAUGAGCGUGUUAAGAAUGGCCUGAACUUCAUGUAUGAGGCCCCGCCUGGAGCUAAAAAAGAAAACAAAGAGAAAGAAGACACGGAAGGAGAGACAGAGUACAAGUUCGAAUGGCAGAAAGGUGCUCCAAGAGAAAAAUACGCCAAAGAUGACAUGAACAUCAGAGAUCAGCCCUUUGGUAUCCAGGUUCGAAAUGUAAGGUGUAUUAAAUGUCACAAGUGGGGUCAUGUGAACACAGAUCGAGAAUGCCCCUUGUUUGGUCUUUCUGGAAUCAAUGCAAGUUCAGUUCCUACUGAUGGCUCAGGGCCGUCAAUGCACCCCUCGGAGCUAAUAGCGGAGAUGAGAAACAGUGGGUUUGCACUGAAACGAAAUGUACUGGGGAGAAACUUGACCGCAAAUGAUCCAUCACAGGACUAUGUCGCAAGUGACGGUGAGGAAGACCCUGAAGUUGAGUUCUUAAAGUCGCUGACAACCAAACAGAAGCAGAAGCUGCUCAGGAAAUUGGAUAGACUUGAAAAGAAAAAAAAGAAAAAGAAAAGUGAUAAGAGAAAGAAAAAGUUACAGAAGAACAGAAGUAAACACAAAAAACAUAAAAACAAAUCCCCUUCCUCUUCCUCCUCUUCCUCCUCUUCUUCUUCCUCCUCUUCUUCCUCCUCUUCUUCCUCCUCCUCCUCUUCAGAUAAUUCAGAUAGUGAGAGUGACAACAAAGAAAAGAAAAGAGAGAAGAGGAAGAAAAAGAAGAAAACUAAAUGUUCAGGAAAUAAAUCCAAUUAUUGUAAAGAGGACAAGUCUAAGAGCAUACUUCAUGAAGAACUUUCUAGCAGUCACAGUGACAGGGGAAAAGCCAACGAGAAAGAAAGGCUUCUAAAACAAGAGCCUGGGGAAAAUAGCAAAUGGGUCCACUCUGGUUCUGACCGAAGGCCCAGAAGCCAUCGUCAUAGUCCAGAGAAGAGAUGGUCUGACAGAGACGAGGGAAUCCGGAGCCACAGCAGGGCUGAGAGCAGGAGAAGCCGCAGCAGGAGUCCUGGCAGUCAUAAGCAAAGGGAGAUGAGGAACCGGCCUGGUGAAGAGCAGCACAGAAGGAAGGACGCCAGAAGCCAUGGUGAUGGUGACCGUAGAAGAAAGAGUGCACGGUGAGCACCCAGGAGAU